ACACAAAAAUAGUGCGGAUAAGCAAUUCAGCUGCACCAUCUCGAUGCCGGAAUCGGGACGCCUUCCGAAGAACCCGUCGCCCUCACCGUCGUCAUCACUAGCUUACCCACCCGUCCAGUGAUGGCAAAGAACCAAAAAAGCGACGAUGAAUCUGUCGGCGUCUACAAGCACACAUCAUCGGGUCGCCGUUCUGGACAAUGGCAACGCUACCGCACCGCACCCGCACUGCCAAAUGCGGGUACGGCGUCCGAUACGUGGACAACGCACGCGUACCCACGCAACGAGGCAUUGGAUCGAUACGACAAGACCCAGGGUCCGACAACUAAGCCCUCAAGAGAGGAACGGGUGGCCGCAGCUGGAGCAAGCAAGGCCUGUCAAACCGCCAGCGGCCUCCGGCAGCGGCGGGCGCGUUGGCAGCCAAGGAUGUCGGUGUCAGCCUGAGGUUUCUGUCUGUCUGCUUGCCUGCCUGCCUGCCUGUCUGGGCGGCUCACGGUGUAUAGGGUUCAUGGCGCUAAGGGAGAAAAGCAGCUUCGGUGGUGUGGACUGGGGGGCUCAAGGGGAGCUUGGGGGAGCUAGGGCAGCUCAGGCGGCUUGGGGGUGCUAGGAUGGAUGCUCCGAUUAGUUUGCCCCCAGCAGCUUUCCGCCCUAGCACAGUGAUCGAAAAGUUACUUGGGGGAGCCCUGUUUGAUUGACCUUUUUGGGGGCGACGGCCAGCGCCACACCUUCUUCCUCCCUUCUCCUGUCCUCCUCCUCCUCCUCCUCGUCUGCUUCAUAUCACAACUUACCGCGCAAUCUGAUGUGCUCCUCCUUUGCACUAUUUACACGUGCAGC